AGUCUUUAUCAGCGAGGACCAGCUGCCGGCAGCACACUCACGCUGCAGGCGACGAGGAAAAGAUACCCAUUCAGUGGAGACACACGACGCUGACGUAUAUUUUCUUCAAGAAUGAAGGAGCUCCAGCUCCUGUGUCUGCUUUACUUUGGAGGUCAAGGGUCAUUUGCGUGCCCCCACCCCUGCACCUGUCAUGGAAGCCAGGUGAACUGCAGCGGCAGGUCUCUCACCUCCUCUUGGCUCCCCGUCAGCUUCCCGCCAGGCACUACCGAGCUGCAUCUCCACAACAACCUGCUGACCACGCUCCCAAACGGCCUGCUGGACAAGCACACCUCCCUCCGUCAUGUCUCCCUGCACGGCAACCCGUGGACGUGUGACUGCGGCGUGCUCUACUUGCGAAGUUGGCUUAGACGACAGCCGGCGGGGGAGCUCUCGUCCCACAUCGGCGUCAACUGCAGCUCCCCUCCUAGCCUGAGAGGGAGGCUGGUGGUGUAUCUGACCGAGGAGGAAGUUCUGGACUCGUGUCACUACUGGUACUGCGACCUGGCUUUGGCCUCGCAGUUGUGCCUCCUCGUGUUUGUGCUAGUGCAGGCCGCACUGCUUGUUGCAGUCAUCGUCUUCCUCAGGAGGUUUGAAAGACUCUCCAAGGUGGCCAGGUGGACCAUGGAGGAGAGCCUUACAGCUGGGGACGUCCUGAGCGAAAAUGAGUAUGUGCGUGUGUAUAAAAGACCAUAACAGCUGAAAGUGCCCUGUUUAAUACAAAUAUAAGCUUUUAUAUACCACAUAGACCAGUGGUCCCCAACCACCGGUGCGGGGACCGGCACCGGUCCGGGACGCAUUUGCUACAGCAGUGGUUCUCAACCUUUUUUCAGUGAUGUAUGUCCUGUGAACAUUUUUUUAAUUCAAGUACCCCCUAAUCAGAGCAAAGCAUUUUUCUUGAAAAAAAGAAAUAAAGAAGUAAAAUACA